GUUUUUGCAGCUUCUUUGGGUGUAAUGUGAGUAAGCAGAUGUUCGGUGCAUUGCACAGUAUUUCAGAUGAAAGAUCGUAAUAGUCCUAGUCGUCAUCCUCGUUUUCUAUAUGUCACAGUCACCCUCAGUCUCGGCAUUGAUUCUACUGUAGGGGACGUACCGGGAAUCGAAAGCUCGAUAUCGGGUACAUGAAGUCGACUAUCGUGGGAAUUUUUUACGGAAAUUCUAACUUCGCUACGUUCGUAGAAGAAAGGCAGGGAGCAUGUUUCAGACAAGGAUCUUGACCAUGGCUACAACUUGCAGGGCCUCCACAUGAUCACUCUAGUUGUAUGACAACGAACGACGUGCUGCACGUGUCAGCUAGAAACAAAAGAGAAGUUGGCGCGAACUUGCUUCUUGCGGAGGCGAGCAAUCUCGCUGUAGCGUACUCGUUUUGUGCUGAUGCAGCAAUAGUAAUACAUAGAUCCAUCUGCUCUGCGUUUUUUUGGAAGAAGUUGAAUUCGCAGUAGAAAUAAAUAAUAUUAAGUGCUGAUUACAUAAACGACGCACUCUCACUCACGACGGACCAUGAUAAAAAGUAAAUCGACACCGGCGUUUGACGCCACAACAGCAGGGUUUUCUGAAAGCUCGAGCUACCGCCCGGGAGAGACAUUCCGGAGAACUGGCAGUAGUGUGUUUUCCAAGAGCUACGGUAUCAUGUUGAUGUUAUGGAUCAACUUUAUUGAAAUUGAUAUUUUCGUUUGUUCCCAUCCCACUGGCUACUUUAAUGUUUUUUCAACGAUUUUCGAAACUGCGUCCUAGGGAAGCAGGCGAUCGGGACAGUUGAUAAUGAUUCGAAUUACGUAUAUCGAAAUAACAACUACAACAUUCAGACCCGGCGGACCUGUCUGAUUGGAACAAAUCGGUUAUAACAACUUUCCCGAGCAGCCUGCAACUAUACGAGACGUAUCACAAUCGAUACGGCUGGGUAUCAAAGCUGAAAGAGUUGGCGUUCCUGUCUGAUCUCUUCCGCGCCAUCGACACCGACCGUAGCGGAGCGAUUAACAAGCAGGAAUUCGGUAUCUUUGCUUUGCCUUUCGAUAUGCAUCCAGUGCUGCAGCUUUUCAUGCAUUGAACAGUUUAUUCAUGUUUGAUGUUUUCAAAACGAAUACAGGAAAUCUCUCAUUCAUAACACAGAUAUUUCUAUGGCGCACCCAGAAACAAAGAAGAUAUUUGCGAUUCGGUUCGGAUUCCAACCACACCAACGAGACAAAGUUUUCCAAGUGCUGGCAGAUGGGGAUGGUACGGAAAAUUUGCAACGCUAGAACGGUAGUUUAGUAAGUCAUGUUUUCGUCAUCGUGCCUGGACAUGGAGUUCCGCGCCCGUAGUAAGUAAGCUUUGUAUAGAAUAUUGACCGGCGUCCAGGGUGCAGCACGCAGUACGAUGAGGUUGAAAGUUUUUAGAUUUCUUUCCAUCAUAAAUAUACAAGGUGAGAUCCAGUAUCGUAGAUGGAUGUCGUAUUUGUUUUCCUUGAUGGCCACCGACGAUCGAGGGGUCAGGGAAUUCAGUGCCAGCAAUCGGGCCGCGCACCACGCAGCUGAGGAGACGUUUGAAAGUACUUUGGAGCACACUUUUGAUUCUUGGAACAAAUGUGAUCCUAAUCGUUUUUUAUGAUGAGAUAUCAAUAAAGACCCGAUUUCUCUUUACUUUUUACAUUUUUCUCAUUCUAAUACAACUCCAGAGUUCCGACCGCUGCCGUUGCCAACGAGGGGAGGAAAGAUACGUCAACCGAGCUUCACGAAUGGUCCUGCGUGGCUGAUGAAGCUCCACCCAACGCGGACUAUAAUUGGAUCGUAAGUGGGAGGGAGCGUAGUUGGUAGGAUCUUGAGUUUUAUUUGGCAGCCGUAAGAUGUUCUUCUUCUAGCGUGAAGCUACUUCUGCACACAGGAUAAUUAAAGAUGUGGGUUCUUUAUGCAUGGCUUGGUCCGAAGACGAAGUAAAUUGCUGCGAGUACCUCGCCAUCGUUUUUGUUGAAAUUUCAAACGGGCUAAACAUUAUUGCUAUUUCAGCCAGGCAAUCUCCAAAACAAAGUCUAUGCACGUAAUACCAGACUUCUUUCGUAUUUUUCAGAUUGCGGACGGAUUUUACGUAUAGUUCUACAUCCCCACUACAGAAAAUUAGUUGCUUGACUGGUAUUUGCCGAUCCUUGUAAUUGUAUUUUUGUUCGUUGAAGAAAAUCACAUAUCUUGACUUCCAGAAGGUGUGCCCUUCCUUGUACAUUACUCUGUUUUGCUAAAUUAUGAACAACGAAAAGUACGUGUUACCCUCGCUUUUCGAUGUAUCCACACAGCUCCGCCCCGAUACAUUUUCUCGUCGCAUCUGUCACUGUAUAGUGUUUGCGUUUGCACCGACAUGAGAAGCGAUCAGUCGCUGAUGAUGAUAUCAAUCAAUUUCACCAAACCUCGCAGGAAACGAGCACCGAGCGGAAGUGCGUUCUCCUGUAGUUGAGCAUUCC